AUGGCAAGCGCUUCUUCUUCGUCGCUUACUCGCCAUUGGAAAUAUGAUGUCUUCCUUUGUUUCAACAGCGAGGACAGAAGUUUUGCUUCUGAACUAUACGAUGCUUUGGUUGAGGAAGGAAUCAAAAUUUGCAGGGAUGAUGAUAGAGUACUUGAUAAAGAAACAGCGCUUUCGUCAAAAAUCUUUACAGCAAUUGAAAAUUCAAGGUUUUCAGUCAUCAUUCUUUCUAAAAAAUAUGCUUUUUCUGAUUGGUGCCUGGAAAAACUUGCAAAGAUAGUGGAAUGCCAGAAUGAGAUUGGGCAAACAAUUCUUCCUGCUUUCUUAGAUGUUUAUCCUUCUGAGGUACGAAACCAGACUGGGGAGUUUGGGGAGGCUUUCGAGUUACAGGUAGAAUAUUUUGAGGAGAAUUUGGAGGUUGUCAAAAAAUUGAGGGCUGCUUUAAUAGAAGUCUCCAAUAUCCCCGGAUGGACUUUACAUCAUGCGUAA